GACGAUGAGGAGCGCGCGGCGCGGCGCGGGGCGACGCUGCUGCGCGGCGCCCGACUGCGCGGCGGCCUGCCGGCGGGUCUGAGGUACUUACAGAGAGCUACAAUGGAAAAGUCCUGGGUGUUGUGGAACUUCCUUGAAAGAUGGCUAAUAGCCUUGGCUUCCUGGUCUUGGGCUCUGUGCCGUAUUUCUCUCUUACCUUUAAUAGUGACUUUCCAUCUGCAUGGAGGCAUUCUCUUGCUUUUGUUAAUAUUCAUAUCCAUCGCAGGCAUCCUGUAUAAGUUCCAGGACGUGUUGCUCUACUUCCCAGAACAGCCAUCCUCUUCGCGCCUUUACGUUCCCAUGCCCACCGGCAUUCCCCAUGAGAACAUUUUCAUCAGAACCAAAGAUGGAGUGCGUCUCAACCUGAUUUUGAUACGAUACACUGGAGACAAUUCACCCUAUUCCCCGACUAUCAUUUACUUCCACGGGAACGCCGGCAACGUCGGGCACCGGUUACCAAACGCGUUGCUCAUGUUGGUCAAUCUCAAAGUCAACCUUCUGCUUGUCGAUUACCGGGGCUAUGGCAAAAGUGAAGGGGAAGCCAGCGAAGAAGGACUCUACUUGGACUCGGAAGCCGUGCUGGACUACGUGAUGACGAGACCCGACCUUGACAAGACGAAAGUUUUCCUUUUCGGCCGUUCCCUCGGCGGGGCGGUGGCUAUUCACCUGGCCUCUGAAAAUUCACACAGGAUCUCAGCCAUCAUGGUGGAGAACACCUUUCUAAGCAUCCCACACAUGGCCAGCACUUUGUUUUCAUUCUUCCCCAUGCGUUACCUUCCUCUAUGGUGCUACAAAAAUAAGUUUCUGUCCUACCGAAAAAUCUCUCAGUGCAGAAUGCCUUCGCUUUUCAUCUCUGGACUCUCCGACCAGUUAAUCCCCCCAGUGAUGAUGAAGCAGCUCUACGAGCUCUCCCCUUCUCGGACUAAGAGGCUGGCCAUCUUCCCCGAGGGAACCCAUAACGACACGUGGCAGUGCCAAGGCUACUUCCCCGCCCUGGAGCAGUUCAUCAAAGAGGUGGCGAAGAGCCACUCCCCAGAAGAGAUGACGAAAACGGCGUCCAACGUGACCAUCAUAUAGCGUCCCCGCUUCCCGAUGAAUGCGUUGUAUUUUAAUGUCUGCAGAAUGAUAAAGAAUGUUCCUUUCGAGAAGUGUGUCAUGUCUGUACUUGUCUGAAGAGAAACAUUAAAUUUUGAAAGGACCUCAGUACUCCUCCUUUAUGAUCACCCAAGUAGUUUCUUUACUUUUGAAGAGCUGUAAUUCUCUGGGUUAUUUCAUACAAAACUUUCAGUGUGCUUUGUAUCCAUAACUUUAAUAUGUCAGUAUAAUGGGUUAUUCAAAACUUCCUUGUUGCCUAAGUGGUGUGAUCUAUGUUCCGCCCAAGGUGUGAUGGAGGUAUGAGAUCAAGAAGCCUUUGGGUGUUAUUCCUUUAGUAAUUAUUGGGACAAUCAUGGUAAGCAAACUUAGUUCUGUAACUGCAUUUUUUCACUUUAAAAGUUAAAAUGAAAUGCAUGAUGGUAUUUUAUUCCUUGACUUACGCAAUGCAGCUUUUUUUUUUUAAUGUAAAUAGCACUGGACCUAUACCAAUGCAUAUGGUUUACCUGGGUUCUAUCUAUUUUUAUGUAAACUCUAUUUUGUUUUUGGCACAAAGUGACAGUUGAGGCCUCUGUGCAGGUUGCCCUUGAAUCUUGCUCUGGUAAAUGCCGAGAUCCAGCUUUUUCUUAUGAAUAAACGGGACCCUGUUUUCCAGUAUCCACGUACCGUGUUUUUGUUAGGUACAAUCUGGAUCAUGACUUAACAGAAAUAGAGAACUUUUUUGCUGCUGUCUAUGCAUAGUUAAACUUUUUAACAUUUGUAAUUUGGGUGGCGAAAAAACUAGCUUCUGUCAAUUUUGUAACUCUCUAGCUGAACCACUAAUAGUAGUCAUAAUGAACAUUAGAACUUAACUAACACAAUUCAAGUAGGAAGCCUUGUUACAUAAUUGUACAUACUAUUUUUAUCAAAUUCCCACAGUGAAGUCUCAGUAUACAGGGCGCACCUAACCCAUCCGAAGCAAGAUAACAUUUCCUAGGAUUUUCUCACAGGCUAGUGCUCUACUACUUCAGCCACACACCUCCCUGGUUAGGCUUUUUGAAAAUAAAAGUUAAGAAAAAAAGUGUUGUUGGCUUAAUAACGUUCUAGUUGAUAUGAAAUAGAAUUACAUCAAGAGACUAUUUUAGGAAAACUUAUUUAUUUCUAGGUUGUUUUUUUUUUUAUUACAUGUGGGAAUGAAGUAAUUUCCAAGCCUUCUGACAUAAAGCUUAUUACCACAUUAACAUUUAAAUGGCUGUAGGUGAAAAGUAGUAUUUAGACAUAUAGAAAAGUAAGAAAAAACUUUAAUGCAAAAGGGAAGCCCCUUGAAUUUUGCAAGACUUCCCUUAUCAAAAUAUAAGCUACGAAUGAAUGUUAUACCAGGUUUGUGCAAGCCGUCUUCUAACGUUAGAUAUCAUUGAUUUCUGCACAUGAUUAUAUCAACUUGAGCAUAGACUAUUUUAGCUGUAUUUAUUGGCUUUCUUCAAGCAGCUAGCGCAGAACAAUUAGGAGUCAGUAAUCUUGACCUUAACUUAAAGCCUUUCCAUGGAGACAGGGCUGGAAAUACUUUGCCAAGUAGAAUUCUUAGCAUUCACUUUAUGCCAGUGUUUAGUGAGAGAUAAAUUAUAUAAAGUGUGAUUUCUAAAGAAGGGUUUUCUAUAUAUUAUUGUAAAAAGUCCUGUUUUUUAAAAGAGUUGAUAACUCAUAUUAUGAAAGGUUAUUUUGUAUGUGUAAAUUCACCACAAUUAAAGACUACUUUUUAUCUUGUCAUUCCUUGUUAUGUAGAAUGACUGUCCUAAAUAGUGAUGAAUUAAAAUGGGAAAAACAA